AUGAAGUCGAUACAGCUUCUUCUCGUCCUCGCCUCGGCACUCGUUUCUGCGCACAAAGAACCAAAGACCGCAGAGGAGUUAGAGGUCCAACGCGCUCUGCAAGUCGCCGCGUAUCAUUGCGCACCAGCCGUAGCCGAGUUUACUGCCGCGCGUAAACGGUCGUGGGCCCAGAAGGUGUUGGCGGGAAACCCAUCUCUCCCCGGAUACAACGAACUGUUCUUGGAGGGGACGUUCGCCGAUUACGCACCAGGGGGAAUCCGUGACCAAGCGAUACAAGAAGCGAACGAGAAACUGCUUUCGUGCACGCCCGUGGAGGAUACGAAGAUCGAGAACAAUACGUGUGUUCUCGCGCCUGAGACGACCGAAGGACCGUACUAUCACAUAGCCGGCCACCCAAUCCGCCAAAACAUCGCGGAAUACCAGAACGGCCUUCUGACGCUCCUCGAUAUCGGGGUAAUCGACGUAGAGACAUGCAAACCCCUGCCCAACGUCCUUGUGGACAUCUGGCAAGCCAAUGCCACAGGACACUAUGCAGGGCAUCCUUGGCCUCACCCGCAUCUGAAGGAUGAAAAACCGCAGGUCGGAGGGAAGCGUAGCGGGCUGCUGUCUGCAUUCCCUCGCACGCUGCAUGAAGAGACAUGGCUACGAGGCGCAUGGCCAACUGAUAGGAACGGCGUUGCGCAAUUUACCACGAUAUUCCCGGGGUAUUACACUGGGCGAGCCGUCCACAUCCACACCAAGGUGUUCCCGAAGUGGGAGCCUCUGCCCAACGGAACGUUUUUGCCAGGCAAUCUCGCACACACCGGUCAAUUCUUCUUCGAAGACGACCUCGAGGUGGAAGUCGAUAAGAUGUUCCCGUACACCACAAACCCAAUCCGGGACACAUACGGACGAACGCGCAACUGGCGUGAUUCGCUGAACGUAUUUGGGGAGGCUGAAGGGCCAGAGGGCAAGUACGAUCCUGUAUUCAAGACACAUUUUCUUGGUGGUGUGAUCAACCAAGGUAUCAUGGCAUAUAUCACGAUGGGAAUAAACGCAAGUGCGGACUACCCCAAUUACUGGAGACCUUAG